AGUCCCUCGGUCUGUUUUGCCGCCUGUGGAAAGCCCGUGACGGGAUUUUGUUUUGUAGAGCUGCUGGAAACGGGGCUAAGGAGUGAAAGGGAGUCGGAGCUGGAUUCCUUCGGAGAGGGGGGAAGUUGACGCACCGGCCUAAGAAUAGCUCAGGGAGGGGAAGUACGGACAGUAUUGUCGCCAGAGCUGCUGAUGAAAUCGCGGCCGGGAGCUGAGGAGUCUUUGGACCUUCCCAUGAUUGGGACCUUUGACUUGUAAAAGGUUCAUUCAAGAAGCUUCGCUGACCAGAAGAGGGGAAGAGCAGCCGGUUGUGGGAGGGAGCGGACCCCGUCCCGGAGCGUGGGGAACUGGGGGGGGGGGCGAGAGGACGUCGCUGUAUGUGGAGUUUUUGGACAAAAUGCUUUCUCUGAAGAAAUAUUUCACCGAAGGCCUCAUCCAGUUCACCAUUCUGCUCAGCUUGAUCGGCGUUCGUGUGGACGUGGACACCUACCUGAACUCACAGCUCCCCCCUCUCCGGGAGAUCAUUCUUGGCCAGAGCUCCGCUUACACCCAGACCCAGUUUCAUAACCUGCGUAACACCUUGGAUGGAUAUGGCAUCCACCCAAAAAGCGUAGACCUGGACUAUUACUUCACCGCUCGCAGGCUGCUCAACCAGGUGAGGGCCCUGGACAGGUUUCAGGUGCCCACCACCGAAGUCAACGCCUGGUUGGUGCACAGAGACCCCGAAGGUUCCGUGUCUGGUAGCCAGCCCAGUGCUGGCAUCGCCCUAGAAAACGGCAGCGGCCUGCAGGAUGGGAGCAGCCCCGACAACGGGGUGAGGGAGAGCGGAGCUGAGCAGGGCUUUGGGGAAGAACUGGAAGAUUUGGGAGCAGUGGCUGCCCCGGUGAACGGAGACCUGACCAAAGAGGUAGGCAGGAUCUUCUUUUGCCUGGGGUGGGGGUGGAAAAGGGAGCCCUUGGGGGGGGGCUCUUGCCCUCUGGGAUCCAUCCGAGGGAGCAGCACUUGGUACGUUGAGAAGCGACUGCCCGCGCGGAGGUGGAAGGGCACUGGGGAUUGCUGCUGCCUGGCCGUGGCCGAGCAGCCGGGGACUGACUCUGUCUCACGUGGUUAGUUUCCAGCUGCGGAUGUCUCCACCCUGAGCGAAGCCGUGUCCGGCGAGAGCAGGUCUGCGGGCAUCCAGACCAGUCUGCUGUCUCCUCUCCUCGCUGAGACCGAGUCGCCCUUCGAUCUGGAGCAGCAGUGGCAGGACCUCAUGUCUAUCAUGGAAAUGCAGGCUAUGGAAGUGAACAACACAACCGCUGAAACCCUGUACAACGGCACGAGCGGAGACCUGCUGACUUCUAACUACAGCCUGGCUCCGAACACUCCCAUCAAUCAGAAUGUCAGCCUGCAUCAGGCCUCUCUGGGUAGCUGCUCACAGGACUUCUCGCUCUUCAGCUCGGAAAUCGAAAGCCCCUCCAUGGCUGGCAGCUCGGCCCUGCUCCAGCUGGCGCCGGACAACUCCACCGGCCUCAACAGCACCUUCGGCUCCACCAACUUGAGCGGCAUCUUCUUCCCUCCGCAGCUGAACAGCACGGUCAACGAGACGGCCGGCCCCGAGCUGCCCGACCCGCUGGGGGGUCUUCUGGACGAAGCCAUGCUCGACGAGAUCAGCUUGAUGGACUUGGCCAUUGAAGAAGGUUUCAACCCAGUGCAGGCCUCGCAGCUGGAAGAGGAGUUUGAUUCCGACUCAGGUCUUUCUCUGGAUUCUGGCCACAGUCCUGCUUCCCUGAGCAGCUCAGAAGCCUCUUCCUCCUCCUCCUCUUCCUCCUCAUCCUCUUCCUCCUCCUCGUUUUCUGAGGAAGGAGCUGUCGGCUACAGCUCAGACUCUGAAAACGUGGACUUUGAAGAAGCAGAAGGGGCGGUUGGAUACCAGCCAGAGUACAGCAAGUUCUGCCGCAUGAGCUACCAGGACCCGUCGCAGCUCCAUUACUUGCCUUACCUGGAGCACGUCGGCCACAACCACACCUACAACAUGGCACCGGGGGCGCUCGACCCCGAGGAGCCCAAACUGCCCAGCGCGGGGAAGAAGAGCAGCAAGGAGAAGCCGUCCGAGUUCCUGGAUAAACAGAUGAGCAGGGACGAGCAUCGAGCCAGAGCCAUGAAGAUCCCUUUCACCAACGACAAGAUCAUCAACCUGCCCGUGGAGGAGUUCAACGAGCUCCUCUCCAAGUACCAGCUCAGCGAGGCGCAGCUGAGCCUGAUCCGCGACAUCCGGAGGCGAGGCAAGAACAAGAUGGCUGCCCAGAACUGCCGCAAGAGGAAACUGGACACCAUCCUCAACUUGGAACGGGACGUCGAGGACUUGCAACGGGACAAGUCCAAACUGCUCAGGGAGAAGGUGGAAUUCCUCAAAUCCAUCCGCCAGAUGAAGCAAAAGGUGCAGAACCUCUACCAGGAAGUGUUCGGCCGCCUGCGGGACGAGAACGGCCAGCCCUACUCCCCCAGCCAGUACGCCCUGCAGUACGCCAGCGACGGCAGCGUCAUCUUGAUACCUCGGGCCGUGGCCGACCAGCAGGCCCGGCGGCAGGAACGGAAACAGAAGGACCGGAGGAAGUGAAGGGCCGGCGACGCGGGAGGAGUGGGACACUCGCUCAAGUGAGAACUGGAGAAGGGCUGAGCCUGGAAGUACUUAGAGGAACUUUCAUGCCUUCUUAUCCGAUAUAUCUUCUCAAAAAAAAACAAACAAAAACAAAC